AUGGAUGUUGAGAAUAAUCACAAGAACAGGAGGGAGAGAAGACAAUUAUCAUCACUAGUACUUCAAGGGGAUGAUGAUGAUGAUUAUAAUCUCUUCUUUGAUAGAGUGAUUUCGAGGGAUUCUUCUGUGGGAUGCUCUUCUCGAAUAUAUUACUGUCAUAGGAGCACUGAAGGAGUGCCAUUUCAAUGGGAAAUGCAGCCAGGGACACCUAAAGAUCCUCCUCAACAAGACUACUUAAUCCCACCACUUAGCCCUCCACCUGCCAUAAUCAAUUCAGGGAUGCCUAAACCAUGCAUUGAUCGCAUCGAAGAUCGUCACAAGGCGUCGUUUCGAUCGAGAUUUUGGUUAUGGCUUUCCAAACACAAGACGAAAAAUCGAAAAAUUAAGACCAUCCAUAGAAAUGACAGUGGAAGUAACGUUGAUCAUAAAAAUGAAGCAAGAUUGGAUUUCUGUGGUGGCUCAUCCGAUGGCGGUGAAUCCAUGGGGACGCCGCGUAAUUCAAGGUCUUCCUCUUCAUCGUCAUCAUCAUUGUCGUUCUCUAAUGGCCGUUCGAGGCACUCAUCGAGGUUAGAUAGUCCGGCGAGGGAGUCGGUGGUCGGACAUUAUGGUUGCAGUCCUUUGAAUUUUAAUUCAGUUCUUGUCUUUGUAUCAAGGAGAGUUUGAUGGAUAUAAUGCACAAAUAUGUGUA